AUGAUUACACGGCUACCCACGCGGGUGCUAUCAAGCCCCUCAAUAUCCAGAGCUGCCGUUAUACAAUACACCAAAACCCUCGAAGCACCAGCAAGCCGGUGCCUCCGGCAUAAUCAAUACCAGCGACAUUACUCAACUCCCCCUCCUUCCUCCUCUCCAGAAACCGAACCCCGAAAGCCAAUAACCCUCCGCUCCCAAUUUACACCUCUGCCAACCACACAACCCCUCCCCCAACCCAAGAAAAAGCGCUCUCUGCGCACCUACAUCUAUGCAAGCUUUUUCCUUCUCCUUGGUGUAGCAGCGGGCCAAUACACGCGGCUAAUCGUAGCACCGCCGCCGCUCCCAGAUUCCGGGUCAAAAGAAGACCGCUUUAUGGUAGAGCACCUGAAAAAGAAGGCCGAGAAGCUUCCCAUUGUGCAGUCGCUGUCCACGGACCCGAACUGGACAUCUUACGAAGCAUACUCUAGCGUUCCCGAGGAUCAGCGAUUGCAGCGACUUACAACUGGCCCAUUGGGUGGAGCCCGUGCCCUCGGAGGCUUCCAGCGUAUAUUUUAUAACGAGACCUCCGGUGAAGUGGUGGCCGUUAUUUGGAUUGGAGGAGCUAUCUCUGGUUGGCCGGGUGUUGCACAUGGAGGUGUUAUGGCGACGAUUAUGGAUGAGGUAUUAGGACGUUGCGCUAUCAGGCAGUUUCCUGCGAAGACCGGGGUUACGGCGAAUUUGGAGCUGAGCUAUUUGAAACCAGUUGUUACGAAUUCAUUUUAUGUUGCGAGGGCGGCACCGGUUAGGGAGGGCUUUACCGAGAGGAAAGGCUGGGUGCAAGGGAGACUGGAGAGUUUGGAGGGAAGGGUUUGUGUAGAGGGCAAAGCUCUAUUUGUUGUUCCGAAAAAGUUCAAGACGAGGGAGAUAGCAGAUCAAUUUUAA